AUUUUCUGCCGGUGGGGACGAUCUUGACUUCCUCUACUUUCCUCCACUCGAAAAGGAUUACCAGGGUGCUGGAAAGGACAACCCAUUUCAGUUGGCUAUAUUUCCCUAUGCCGGUCCAUUGGGUUAUUGUGUCAUUCUGGGCGUGGGGUCAUUUGCGGCCAGAGAGCAACCUCGCCGUCAAUCUCGCAAGCAAAUUUCCCGAGCUUAUCAUUUCGUUCAUCGUCGAUGCCGAAGUUGCGCAGAAAUGUAGAGACGAGAUGGCACGUUAUGCAUUUCUGGGCGGAGAUGAGCGUGUCCUUUCCCCGGUUCGCGUCAUCGCCCUCGGUCACGUCCCGGCAGGCAUGACACCCGAGAUCGAAAAGCGAUACGCAAUGAUGGAUCCUCGUCGUGUGCCUAAAUCUCGCCAAGUAGCGGAGAUGCGCAUACAUGAAGCGGUCGAUUCGAUGAUGCGGAUACGGCCGUUCCAGGACGACAACGGCACCACUUGGACCCCAGUUCCUGCGAAACCGAAUCUUCUUAUAUGUGAUGUCUUGAUGGGUAAUGUCGGACCUCAGCUGAAGCGGAAGCACUCGUUACCGUUAUACAUCUACUUCGUUGGAUCCGCUACGUGCUUCACGAGGAUGUAUGCGCCUACAAAGCUUGGUGGACGAUGUAUAGGUUAUGAGGACGAGUGUCGGGAGAUCGAACGCGAUCCGCGACGAUGUGUGGGAUGGCCAUUCAGCAAGGUUGCCCAGCAUGUCUGGGCAAGGUCAGCGAAGUUCGAGGACAACCUCAUUAGAACUAAAGGACUCCCUCCGAUGUAUCAAUGGGAAGAUUUACCUCAGGCUGCCUGGUUCCCAUCCUUCUACGACGUUGCGGUAACUGGCCUUCAUCUGGUUCAGUGUUCGGAUGGCGUGAUUUUGCCCACUGUUCUCAGCAUUGAGCGAGAAGGCGUCCAGGGUGUUGCCGAUUGGUACUGUGCGGGGAAUGAGCGGCAGGUGUUAUGUCUUGGCCCGCAACUGCCACCGUUGAUUUUCACGCCGGCUUCUAUCGCCAAAAGCCAUACCCUUGCCGCAAUCGAAGUACAGACUAGCUAUGCCGGCCCUGCACUGUUCUUGAACGAUCUUGAAACAAGAGGAAACGACUCAAAGGACGGGCAUUUGGACACAUACAAGAGCAAGGACCCAUGUAUGGUGUUCCUGAAUGAAGUGCGGAAAAAGUACGGUGAACACCGAGCUAUCUACAUCUCUUUCGGAACCACGUUCUUUCCGGAACCAGCCCACCUGGCUAUCUUCCUCGAGUUGAUCCUCGCGUUGGAGCCGCCAAUGCCGAUCAUAAUGGCUGCAGCCUCUCCGCUGGCUUUCCUACCAGCUGACCUAGUUCAGCGGAUGCAGAGCUGCGGGCAGGGGCUUAUAGUACCAUAUGCACCGCAGCAGGCCAUUCUUGCUCAUCCCGCCCUCGGGUUCAUGGUCACGCACUGUGGUGCAGGUGGAACAUUCGAGGCACUCUCCCAGGGCGUGCCAGUUAUUGCAUGGCCGUUCGUCGGAGAUCAGCCCAUCCACGCGCGAUGGAUGACGGAGGUGCUAGACACGGCAUUUGAACUACUACAGGUCCGGAACGGACCCGUAAAGGGCAACGCAUACCGCGGCGGCCCUGCAGGGACGACUCUUGAAGGGACUGAAGAUACCAUUCGAGAGGAGAUGCGGAACAUGCUAGCAGCGUGCCAAGG